CCCUGCCAAUGUCUUUUAACAUUUUCCCAAAACAACAAGUAUUCCGUACCGUUAACAAAUGGAGAACUAUUGUUGUCAUUACUAGCCUCAUACCAAAACACCUUUGACAAAAUACCCUUUUCAUUCUCUUUUGAAUUUGUCAAGUUUGAUGACCAUCCCACGGUACCUCCUAAAAACGACUCUAAAUGUCGAUCAAAGAUAAAUAGAUAAACGUCGUCACAAAAUAUCUCAAACUCCAUGCGGUUAGAAUGAAGUUCAUAGCUUCUAUCGGGGUGAAUAUGAGAGGAUUCUUGGUGAUGAAAUAGAGGAAGUAUGUGACUUGGUUAAAAUUUCUAGACUCGAUGGUGUACAACACCAAGUCAACGAACUCCGAGAUGAUUGGAGGUAUCAUCUCGGUAGGAGGAGGGUCGUGGUUUAUCAAAAAAUUUACGUAAUCAAUCAAACAGACAAUCUCAAAGAAGAUAUGACCUAGGGUUACGCUCUUUGGAGUGAAAUUUGUCUAGAGAUGAAGGAAAGUAUAAAAUAUAGAUUAGUCGCCCUUGCUUGAAUAGUUCACAAAUACUAUGUCGCUUUCUAAAAGAUCUCAUUACAAUUCUUUUAAAUUUUAUUUUUUAAAAGUAAACACAAAAUGUCAAGGACAUGUGUUGAAAAUGUUGGAUGGUCAUUGUUGGUUGUGCUUUUCUAAAAUUGUUGGCCAUCUAGUUUGUAAACAGUCAUAUACUAUAUUAUAUUUUUCCGCAAAAUGCCAAGCAUCUUUAUGGACUCCAAGAUAUCGAGAUUCAAAGACAUCAUAAUUUUCUCAUUGUUUUUUGUAAGAAUGAGGGGGUUUUUGUUCAUUAUUGUAUGAUUAGACUUCACUCCCUUUUUACAACUCUAGCAUUUUUACAGUAUACAAGGGAAUUGUAUUCCAAAAAGAGAAUUUUUGGAGGUGUCUUUGGUAAAGGUAUAGUUGUCUCUUCCAAUCCAAAUACCUUUGCCAUCUUGGAUGAGACUAUUAUACACGAUAGACCAAAGAGUGUAACCCUAGGUCAUAUUUUGUUCGAGAUUGUCUGUUUGGUUGAUUACGUAAGUUUUUUUGAUAAACCACGACCCCCCUCCUAUCAAGAUGAUACCUCCAAUCAUCUCGGAGUUUGUUGACUUGGUGUUGUACACCAUCGAGUCUAGAAGCUAUGAACUUUAUUCUAACCGCAUGGAAUUUGAGAUAUUUUGUGACGGCAUUUAUCUUUGAUUGACGUUUAGAGUCGUUUUUUGGAGGUACUGUCGGAUGUUCAUCAAACUUGACCAAUUCAAAAGAGAAUGAAAAGGGUAUUUUGUCAAAGGUGUUUUGGUAUGAGGCUAGUAAUGACAACAAUAGUUCUCCCUUUGCUAACGGUACGGAAUACUUAUUGUUUUGGGAAAAUGUUAAAAAGACAUUGGCAGGGACAAAAGCUGUAACUAAUUAGAAAUGUUCAAUACUAUCCACACGAGACUCCCAUGGGAGACCUCGUAUGUGAGUUGAUGAAGAAGUUUCCAAGCAUUGUCCCAACAAUCUUCGGUGCAAUGGCGAAAGGAUUUCGGAAGGCGGGGGAAGCACCGUAUAGGAUUCAUUUGAAAAAGCUUGGAGGAACAAAGGUGUACAAGAGUGCUCUCCUAAACAAGGUUUCAGAGCUUUAUCCAUUCAUGGAUAAUCCCAACACUGUUUCUUGAAUCUAUUACCAUUUCUUUCUCUAUCAAGUUCGUAGAAGACUUGUACAAAUUAUUUGAUCAAACUUGAUGUAAAACACUUAUCUAUUUGCUUAACUUGUUUGUAUUAGGGCACUUCUUUGGCGUGUAUGAACAAAUUAAUAAGUAGAUUAGUUUUUA